AUGGCUACCCCCAGUGUCCUUACCUUUGAUGCUGAGGGUCGUGCUGUUGACUUUGAGGUCUCGGUCAAUGACCUCCAGCUGUUCCUACAGUGCGAUAGGGCGGGCGGACUCUCCCUGUUCGAUCUCACCUCUAGUGCCUCUCUUGCCCCGCCUGCUACCGCUUACAGCACUGUUCGCUCACAGUGGGCCAAACGCGAUAGGGCGCUGGAGGGGCUGGCGGGGGCGGUGUGGGUGGUGGUGGAGGCAGUGGUGGGGGUGGGGGUGGUGGUGGGAGUGGUGGCGGGGGAGGAGGUGUCGGUGGCAGUAGUGGAGGCGGAGGAGGCGGCAGCGGUGGCGGAGGGAGCGGAGGCGGCGGAGGUGGCGGAGGCGGCGGAGGUGGCGGAAACGGCGGAGGCAGCGGUGGAGCUGGUCACGGCUCUGCACAAAGGAGUGGCUCCGGUGGUGGUCCGUGCCAGCAGCAGCAUUGCAGUCGUGAGACCCCGUUCCCCUUGCAGCUUCGUGAGAGGUACGCUGGGCGUCAGCGAGUUUCCUGACGCCACUGAGAACCCUCGCUGGAGAGAGCUGUCUAGGGCGGGGGUUUCUAUCUUUGAUCUUGAUUAUGAUGCAAUUCUUGCUGCCAUGUCUACUAGUGAUGAGGGUGACUACUACCUGUGUGUUCCGCCUGACCCGGGCAUUGAGGCUGCUGCUCUAGGUGCUAGUGCGUCUGCAGCCCCAGGUGCUUGUGAGUCUGCUCUCUCAGGUACCAUGUCGGCUCAGGCCUUACACACCUUCACCCUUGACUCGGGUGCUUCCCGCUCCUUCUUUCGAGACCGCACCACGCUUACGCCGCUUAGUCGGCCGGUUGCUGUCUCCCUAGCGGACCCCUUUGGGGGUCCUGUCCUUGCUAGCUUCUGCACUGUCUUACCGUGCCCGGCAGCCCCCUCUGGCACCUUACUCUCCUCUGGCACCACCGCCUUGGUCACCCCUCUUUGCCUCGUCUCUAAGGCAUGGCCUCCCGUGUCCUUGUCUCUGGUCUCCCCCGGUCCCUCCCUCCCCUACCUCCGGGGCCUGCCCCUACCUGCGUCCCCUGCGUCGAGGGGCGACAGCGCGCCGCCCCUCACUCCUCCGAGUUUCCUCCGACAGAGGCUCCGCUGCAGACUCUUCACAUGGACGUGUGGGGCCCCGCCCGCGUCCGUGGCUAGGGCGGGGAGUAUUCCUCUGCCCGUCUGGGAGCCUUCUGUCGUGCACAGGGCAUCCGCCAGACCUUCACGCUUCCGGCCUCUCCACAGCAAAAUGGGAUUGCUGAGAUGCCGCAUUGGCAUAGUCAUGGACGUCGCUCGUACGUCCAUGAUCCAUGCGGCUGCUCCCCAUUUUUUGUGGCCGUUUGCGGUUCAGUACGCAGCGCAUCAGCUCAACCUUCAGCCCCGGGUCUCCUUGCCAGAGACCUCCCCCACCUUGCGGUGGACGGGGAAGGUUGGCGAUGCAUCUGCGUUUCGGGUCUGGGGAUCUCGGGCGUUUGUCCACGACUUGUCUGUGGACAAGCUAUCCCCCCGUGCUGUUCCCUGCGUCUUCCUUGGCUUCCCCCCUGACGCGCCUGGUUGGCAGUUUUACCACCCCACCUCGCGUCGUGUUCUGUCCUCUCAGGACGUCACGUUUGACGAGUCGGUGCCUUACUACCAUCUCUUCCCCUACCGCACUGCGCCCCUCCCCCCGCCGCCGCUCUUCCUUGCGCCAGGUCCUCCCCCGGUACACCCCCUCCCCACUCAGGGUCCUGCCCCGUCAGGUGUGUCCCAGGUAGAUGAAGUCGAGCCUGCCAAGGUAGCUGUUGACUCUGGUGCUGCAAGAGGUGCUGAGCCUGCGGGAGCCGGGUCUAGAGGUGCUGAGCCUAGGUGUGCGGAGCCUGGGGGUGCUGAGUCUGGGGGUGCUGAGCCUGGGGGUGCUGAGUCUGGGGGUGCUGAGCCUGGGGGUGCUGAGUCUGGGGGUGCUGAGCCUGGGGGUGCUGAGCCUGGGGGUGCGGAGCCUGGGGGUGCUGGGUCUGCUCGUGUGGCCUCUCGAGGUGCUUCGUCAAGGCGGAAGCUACUUUCUCCGCAGGAGCUGCGCGAGUGGUUUGCCCGGCGCUGGAGCCGUGCUGCUGCAGCUGGAGGUACUACUGUUGCUGCUGGUCCCGAUGGUGUUCGUACUGGAGGUAUUGCUGGAGAUUCCGGCGGUACUGGAGCUGCCGGUCCUGUUGUCGUUGGUGCUGCUGGAGCUGCUGAGGGUGUUGGCGCUGGUGGUUCUGCUGGCGCUGGUGCGUCUGAGGGUGCUGUUGGAGCUGGAGGUGCUGCUGGCGCUGGUGCUGCCGCUGAGGUCUGA